AUGGAAGGAGCUCCCCGGAGUAGACCUCAAUAUGCACGUCCAUUGCCCGUGAUUCCUCAUGAACAGCAGGUGCCAUCGCCAUCAAAUUCGUCAAAUAUGUGGAAUCAACAGAAUCAAGGAUACCAGAAUCAACCAUAUCAACAUCAGCAGCCACAGACUCCCGUAUACGAUCAACAAUAUUCAAAGCGCUCUAUUGGUGGACUAGUUUCUCCGGAAGGAAUGCCCCAUGGAUAUCUGAAACGGAGUCCUGAUGAUGCACCUUCUGGAUUACCUCUUCAAAAACGGCUCCGAAAUGCAUCUACUGGAUCAUUGCCUCUUGGACAAGGAUCAAAUGACCUGAUUUCCUCUUCUGAUGAUCGCAACUAUAGGCCUGUAUUCGCUACGCCACGAAUCAUGCCUCCCCCCGCACCACAAACACCAUCAUCCUCGGUUCAUCACAACAGCACUCCUACAACUCCUUCGUUACUACCGCCGCCGCCACCACUACAACAACAUACACCCAACAUGCCUACAAUGGAAGAUGUUCAACGCUUACGACAAGAGAAUGAAGCAUUACGGGAACAAGUCACCAAACUUCAAUCUCAGACUGCAGGUAUGAGUCGUCAACAAACUACUGCGAUCAUGAGACUUGCCAAGAAGGAAGAGGAGAUCCAGUCUUUAUAUACUGAAAUGCAAGAUCUGAGUCAUCGUGUUCAUCCCGAACUGGAUGCAUCAAAACAAAGAUUACUGGAUCCUGUACUUCAUCUGCUAUUCCAAGAAAUGAAGAAGGAGAUUGAUGAAAAGAACAAUAAGAUUGAUGACCUGACACAAGAAUUACAAGCUGCUCAGUUUUCACCACACAACCUCAUUGGACGCAAACUGAUUGCAAAAUGUAAAGCAUUGCAGGGAGAGAAUGAAGAAUUGGGACGUCAAUUGGCGUUUGGUCGUGUUGAGCAGUUACAAGUUGCUCUGGCUUUGGAGAAGAGAGCUAACGGAGAGUUGAAAAAGAGCCUAGAAGAAUCAGACUUGUUGUUAGCCUCACUUGAUGCAGAAAUGGAAGGCAUGCAGGACUCCAUAUUGGGUCUGAGGACAAAAGUCGCAUGGUGUGAAAAGACGCACGGCGAACCCACAACAAAGGAAGAAGCUGAUGGUGAUGAACGACGCAAAACACGCCAUGACCGGACGUAA